AUGUCGCUGGCACACGCAGCCGCCGAGUACAUGCUCUCGGAUGCCCUGCUGCCCGACCGCCGGGGGCCCCGGCUCAAGGGCCUGCGCCUGGAACUCCCCCUGGACCGGAUGGUCAAGUUUGUCGCCGUGGGUUUCCCCUUGUUGCUGAUGUCCCUGGCAUUUGCCCAGGAGUUCUCGUACGGCUCUCCCAUCAGCUGCUUCUCCCCUGGGAACUUCAGUGUCCGGCAGGCCGCCUUCGUGGACAGUUUCUGCUGGGAGUCCCUGGUCCAUCACGAGCUGGAGGGGUCUGGCCAGUACAAGACCAAAUCACUGUGGCCUCACAAGGCCCUCCCGUACUCCCUGCUGGCCCUGGCCAUAGCCAUGUACCUGCCAGCCGUGCUGUGGCAGUACGCAGCCGCGCCUGCCCUCACCUCAGACCUGCUCUUCAUCAUCAGCGAGCUGGACAAAUCCUAUAACCGCUCCAUCCGCCUGGUGCAGCACAUGCUGAAGAUCCGCCAGAGAAGCUCCGACCCCCACGUGUUCUGGGAUGAGCUGGACAAGGCCCGGAAGGAGCGCUACUUCGAGUUCCCCUUGCUCGAGCGCUACCUGGCGUGUAAGCAGCGUUCCCACUCACUCGUGGCCACCUACCUCCUAAGGAACUCCCUCCUGCUCCUGCUCACGGCCGUCACCUACCUGUACCUGGGCCACUUCCACCUGGACGUUUUCUUCCAGGAGGAAUUCAGCUGCUCCAUCAAGUCGGGGCUGCUCCGCACCGAACCCCAGGUGCCGUCACUGGUCACCUGCAAGCUGACCUCUCUGGGUGUCUUCCAGGCGGUCAGCCUCUGCAGUGUCACCGUCUACACCCUCCUGGUCCCAGUCAUCCUCUACAACCUCACGCGGCUCUGUCGCUGGGACAAGGGGCUCCUCUCGGUCUAUGAGAUGCUGCCAGCCUUUGACCUCCUCAGCAGGAAAAUGCUGGGCUGCCCCAUCAAUGACCUCAAUGUCAUCCUCCUCUUCCUCCGCGCCAACGUCUCGGAGCUCAUCUCGUUUAGCUGGCUGAGCGCACUCUGCGUGCUGAAGGACACCACCGCCGAGAAGCACAACAUCGACACAGUGGUCGAUUUUAUGACGCUGCUGGCGGGCCUGGAACCCUCCAAACCCAAACAUCUCGCCCCCCGGGGCUGCGAUGAAAACCCCUAG